UCCUCCGUGUCUAGAAGCGCCGUUAAACCGACAGGCUCCCGCCCAUGGCACGCGACGGAUGGGAUUUUUGCAUGCUUGAUCUGUUCCCAUCAUUAUAGCUGGUGUUAUUUUGUUGAUUACGGCAGAUCGAUCGCUUUGAUUGGCAGGUAAAAUCGGAUUAUUUGAUUUCAUUUUAUUAUAGACACGUUUAUAAAAACAUUGCAUUUGAAAAUCAACUACGGCUAUAGGCCUGAGUGUUAAGGUCGUCCGGGAAGGAUAAAUAAUAAUGUAUAUCCUAUAGGGGCUGAUAAGCACAUUUCAUGUAAAUAAUUCAAGCACAUUGUUUUGCUACGGGCGCUCUUUGUCUCAUUCCCCUUCGUGCGUAUUUAUCGACGGAAAGCCGUAUGACGUGAUUAUUAUAGUCUUAUUGGAUAGAGAGCCUAUAAUAUGAUAGGCUUACAUGAUGUAUUACUAAUACACUAUAACCUAAAUGAGCCUAUGUUCAUCUGGUGCGUCGAACAUGUUUAUCUAUUUUGAGGCUAUAUUGUUAUAAAGCUUUAUCAUAGCAAAUAUGACUCCAUGAAAGCGACACCAUACUGUAUCUUUAAUCAGACAAGGGCACCAGCCAGCCCACUCGGUGAUGAUGCAUGCUGCGCAUGUUUACGCGGCCCCUCUAUGGCGAGCUCCACGCGUUCAAACCAGGCCAGCCAUCUGACCGUGCCUAAUUAGACCUUGUGUGUGUUUGUGCGCUCGCGCGCGUGUGUGUGUGUGAGAGAGAGAGCGAGAGAGAGAGUAAUGUUUACUGUUAAUUUCUGAUUGUUUAUUUCACUUUUGUUUAUUAUCUAUUUCACUUGCUUUGGCAAUGUAAACAUAUGUUUCCCAUGCCAAUAAAGCACAGAGAGAGAGAGAGAGAGAGAGAGAGAGAGAGAGAGAGAGAGAGGUUUUGGGAAGUGGCCAUGUAGGAUGUGGUUUUAAAGGAAAUUCCUCUGUGAGCAGGGUUGGGAACUUGAGUCUGUCAACAAGGGCACUGUCCACAAACAAACAACCCUUAACCCCUAACCUGUAAGCACUUAUGUAGAUCUGAACAGAUUGGAUAGGUAUAAGCAAUGUAGCAAAAACAAUCUAACUUGCCUAUAAGAGGGCAAGGUGGAGCUAUUACCCUCUAGACUAGACCCCAUCUAUAGUUUACUGUAGCGUCUGCGGCCUGCCUGCUCCCUAUAGAUCUCUUAACCCGGAUCCAUUCUCAGAGCAACAGAUCCCAGGCCCAAUCCCAAUAGAUCAAUAUUAAUCUGCUCACACAGUUGGCAGAGAGCUCAGAGCUGCCACACACUGCUGGUUACACACUGUAUCAAUGUAUGUGUCUGUGUGUGUGUUUGUGUGAGAAAGGCGGAAGGAGGGAAUGGAAGAGAAAGAGGGGAAGAGACAAAGGGAGAGGGAGAGAGAAAGCGAGAGGGAGAGAGAAAGCGAGAGGGAGAGAGAAAGCGAGAGGGAGAGAGAAAGCAGGAGGGAGAGAGAAAGCGAGAGGGAGAGAGAAAGCAGGAGGGAGAGAGAAAGCAGGAGGGAGAGAGAAAGCAGGAGGGAGAGAGAAAGCGAAAGAAAGGCCUCUCCAAAGUGAUGUUCCCCAGUGAGGGGAGUGUAACCGUGGUGAUGGCUGGCUGGGCGUCGGCCUGACUGGCAGGACUGAUAAACAAUUCAGUUAGAGAGAGAGAGAGAGAGAGAGAGAGAGAGCGGGAGGAGGCAGGAGAGGGGGAGGGGUUGGGUGAAGGAUGGAGGUGGGUGCCUGAAUCUUUAAGGAAUGUACUGGUGUAAGAAAUAUGGCAAACAAGUGCACUUCAGAGAGAAGGUGGGGCAAACCAGAACCUAGCCGGGGAGAGGGAGAGAAAGGGAGGAGGGGGGAGUAAGAGAUGGAGGGGGAGGGAGAGUAAGAGGAAGAAUAGAUCCUUCAGCAGAGGAUUUUAUCCCUCUAACCCCCACUCUCCUCCUUCACUCUCUCUCCCUCUUUCUCCCUCCUCUCUCUCUCUCUCUCUCUCGAUCUUUCUCUCUUUCUUUAACCCCUAGAGCCAAUGUCCGAUCCCCAGUGCAAAUCGAAUUAACAUAAUACAAAAAUCCCCAUCAAAAUCCGUCUGUUUAAGUUAGAGAUAUCUGUUUUGUUGCAUUGGAUGCGUCUCAAUUUACCGCAUCUGCCGAUGUUGCCCUUUCGCAUCUGCGGUGAAAGGUGGCAGAGCUACAGCGGUGUUUGACAGACCAUGAGACAUCACGAAAAUUGGUCAUCUCACGAAAACGUCUGUAGCGCCCAAACGGUUUGGCCUACAAAAUAUUAUGACCCCUCUAUGGAGUCUCUCAAGAACACGUACAGUACCAGUCAAAAGUUUUGACACACCUACUCAUUCAAGGGUUUUUCUUUAUUUGUACUAUUUUCUACAUUGUAGAAUAAUAGUGAAGACAUCAAAACUAUGAAUAACACAUAUGGAAUCAUGUAGUAACCAAACAAGUGUUAAACAAAUCAAAAUAUAUUUUAGAUUUUAGAUUCUUCAAAGUAGCCACGCUUUGCCUUGAUGACAGCUUUGCACACUCUUGGCAUUCUCUCAACCGGCUUCAGCUGGAAUGCUUUUCCAACAGUCUUGAAGGGUUCCCACAUAUGCUGAGCACUUGUUGGCUGCUUUUCCUUCACUCUGCGGUCCAACUCAUCCCAAAAGUCGGGGGAUUGUGGAGGCCAGGUCAUCUGAUACAGCACUCCAUCACUCUCCUUCUUGGUCAAAUAGCCCUUACACAGCCUGGAGGUGUGUUGGGUCAUUGUCCUGUUGAAAAACAAAUUAUAGUCCCACUAAGCGCAAACCAGAUGGGAUGGCGUAUCGCUGCAGAAUGCUGUGGUAGCUAUGCUGGUUAAGUGUGCCUUGAAUUCUAAAUAAAUCACAGACAGUGUCACCAGCAAAGCACCCCCACACCAUCACACCUCCUCCUCCAUGCUUCACGGUGGGAACCACACAUGCAGAGAUCAUCCGUUCACCUACUAUGCGUCUCACAAAGACACGGCGGGAUUGGAACCAAAAAUCUCAAAUUUGGACUCAUCAGACCAAAGGACAAAUUUCCACCGGUCUAAUGUCCAUUGCUCAUGUUUCUUGGCCCAAGCAAGUCUCUUCUUCUUAUUGGUGUCCUUUAGUAGUGGUUUCUUUGCAGCAAUUCGACCAUGAAGGCCUGAUUCACACAGUCUCCUCUGAACAGUUGAUGUUGAGAUGUGUCUAUUACUUGAACUUUGUGAAGCAUUUAUUUGGGCUGCAAUCUCUGAGGCUGGUAACUCUAAUGUACUUAUCCUCUGCAGCAGAGGUAACUCUUGGUCUUCCUUUCCUGUGGCGGUCCUCAGGAGAGCCAGUUUCAUCAUAGCGCUUGAUGGUUUUUGUGACUGCACUUGAAGAAACUUUCAAAGUUCUUGAAAUGUUCUGUAUUGACUGACCUUCAUGUCUUAAAGUAAUGAUGGGCUGUCGUUUCUCUUUGCUUAUUUGAGCUGUUCUUGCCAUAAUAUGGACUUGGUCUUUUACCAAAUAGGGCUAUCUUCUGUAUACCUUGUCACAACACAACUGAUUGGCUCAAACGCAUUAAUUAACUUUUAAUAAGGCACACCUGUUAAUUGAAAUGCAUUCCAGGUGACUACAUCAUGAAGUUGGUUGAGAGAAUGCCAAGAGUGUGCAAAGCUGUCAUCAAGGCAAAGGGUGGCUACUUUGAAGGAUCUCAAAUCUAUUUGGAUUUGUUUAACACUUUUUUGGUUACUACAUGAUUCCAUAUGUGUUAUUUCAUAGUUUUGAUGUCUUCACUAUUAUUCUACAAUGUAGAAAAUAGUACAAAUAAAUAAAAACCCUUGAAUGAGUAGGUGUGUCCAAACUUUUGACUGGUACUGUACAUGUUGGUUGUUUGGCUCUAGGACGAACACAAGCCUCACAAGACUCGUCUGAAGGUACCCCGGUACAAGUUGAAAAAAUGAAUGGAAGUAUAUAUGGAAGUAUAUAUGGAAGUAGUUUAGUGCCUAAAAUAAAGGGUUAAAUAGGUGUAAAAAAAUAUAUUGUUUCCUGAUCUUUCUUAUAUCUCUCAGAUAUAGGACAGACACUUCACAACAAACUUCCUUUCUAUUUUUUUCUGGACUAUCUGUUGUUCCAUGUAGUGAAUCUGUUAUUCAAUAAGUUUCUAUGGGCUAAUAGCAGUAAGGCCAAAUUCAAUGUUUCAUCAAAUACUUUUUGAAUAUAUAUUUUGUUAUACCUUAAGGGAUCUUAAAAUAAAAAAUAUCCUUGGUAUGACCAUCUUAAAACAAUUCCAUAUGUUAGCUUUGCAUGCCAAGGGAAGCCAGGCUUCCCCAAAAAAUUGACAAAGAAAAAUAUUGAAAGAAUCAUAUAAAAUAAUUUACCUUUUGUCUCUCUGUGUUUCAUAAUUUUCCUUCAGUUCGCAGGAGGUUGAAUGUUUCUCACCGUAGAAAGCAUCUGAGCGAGCGAAACAGCACCCCUCUGUCUCUGUAUGUGUAGGCCAUCUAUCUGAUGCUAUCUGGUCAAAAAGAGUAUGACAUUGUUGCUGCCGGUAGCAUUGAAUGCAAGGGAAGCCAGUGAGCAUUUGGCCUCCCUUAAUUAAAAAAGUAUAGAAUAAUUGCCAAUCAGCGUUGAGCUAAACUGAAUGAGCUCAACUGUGAAUGGUCCUGGCGCACCAAAAAAAGGGUCAAGGGAAGCCAGUUUGGAUUUGGCUUCACUCCAAUCACAUUACAUCAACAGCAGUACGUCAUUGACAGAAACAUCUUGAAUUGUUGCAUCUCGUUAUGCUUUGUGGACUUCACUGGACAGAAGUUGCUCUCCGGUUUUGUGAUGAAACAGGUGUGGUUGAAUUUAUUCUGCCACUGUGUCUUCUUAUUGUCUCGGCCUUAGGCCUAUAUAUCACGGUCGAUAGGCAUAUGAACUAACAGGUUAUAGAGUAAACAACCCAAUUAUGACAACACAUAGGUUGUAAUAUGGCUUUUUUUUCUGGCUAGACUUCCCCAGUGAUUUUACCCACGCAACGCUACUGAAGAUAAUCUUUGUUUUCAUCACAUACAGCCAGAGGGUGUGUGUGUGUGUCACACACUAUGUCGAGUGACUAUUGAGGGCACUGGUUUUGGGCAGUGUGAGUUGGAUGUUGUUGUGAGGAGCUUGUGGGACGCAGUUCACAGUGGCAACAAUAUCCUCCAUCAGAAAGAAGGGCUUUAUGAAUCUUGGUCCUUAUCUACAUCACUUCUACUUCUGAGUUGUUCUGAGUUGUUCCUCUCCUCCUAAACCUCCUCUCUUUUCUCUCUCAAAGCCAUCUGGUUUAAACCACAGGAGGGAUUUUCGCCAUCAUGCAGAAGGUAACACGUACACACACACACACGCACACACACACACAUACGUCUUCCUCUGUGUAGUUCGAGGGAGGGGUUAGGUAUGACUUAUAAUGUGUGUGUUUGUGUAGGUGGAGGGACGGCCAGCCCCAGGCAGCAUAUCCUCCUCCUUGCGGGGUCCAAGUGCUCCUGGCUCACCCAGCAUCAUGGUAAGACGAACACUCUCUCUCUCUCACACACACACACACACACACACACACACUGCACCAACACACUCUUUCUUGCUAUCCUUCCAGGCCCGUGUGAAUGACGAAGUGGUGGAGUACAGGGAUCUUGCUGCUCUGCCCAGAGACAAAAGUAUUCUACAGGUAGGGUCUGUGUGUGUUUGUGUGUGUGUGUGUAUGUGUUUUUUGUGGGGUGUGUGUGUGUGUGGUUUAUUGGUGCAUGUGUGCAUGCGUGUUUGAGAUUCACCGCUGUCUGUGCUAUUCUGCAGGUGGAGAGACCAGAUUUGAUGACCUACCAACCCCACCUCACCUUCUCACCGCUAGAAGCGCUGCGUACGCCCCGUAGAGAGGUACACACACACUUCGUGUUAGAGUAAGUAACUCAUACAGGCUGUAUAAAAAGGGAGGAGAGUGUGAUGUGACUGUGUUCUCCUCUUCCUUCUUCAGAGAUCCCUCUCUCCUUCCUCCAUCUCUCCUCCUCCCUCUCCUGAGGUAAGACACUUCUGCGAACCCUCUCUCCUCUCCUUCUCUCCUCUCCUUCUCUCCCUCCCUUUAUUUAUCUUGUUGGGUAGGUCCUUCUUUUCAUCCAGUUACCCAGCAGUAUUACUCUCUUCCUCUCUUCUUCCUCUAUCUUCUCUUCUAGGGAGUUCUCAGUCCCUUCUUCCUCUACUCUCUCUCUCUCUCCUCUUAUCUCUCUCUCUAGAGGAGACUCCUCUCUCCUCUCCUCUCUACUCCUCUCUCUCUCUCUCUCUCUCUCUCUCUCUCUCUCUCUUCCUCUCUCUUCUCCUCUCUCUCUCUCCUCUCUUCUCUCUCUCUCUCCUUCUCUAUCUCUCUCUCUCUCUCUCUCUCUCAGCUGAAGGAGUAUAGAGAGGGGAGAGAGUCUCCAGGAGGCUCCACACUGCAGCUCCGAAAGACAGCCACCCCCCUACAGCAACACUUCCACAGGCCAGGUACACACUUGCACACACACACACAUGCACACACACAUCUACUUUUCUAAUUCUGUGUUUUAUUUUAGAUAAUGGUGCCAACAUCUACAAGAAGCUGCCUAAUUUUAAACAGGGUAUGGUAUAUUUGUGUGAGUGUGUUUGAUGUGUCUAAGAGUGUGUGUGUGUGUGUGUCUAAUUUUUUCUCUGCCUGUCUGUAGAGGUCACCAAGCAGCACGUGAUGGGCAGCAUCAUCCAGUCGUCUAUGUUCCCAGCAGCUCAGAAACCAGACCCCAACCUGCCCUCAAAGAUAGAGACAGAGUACUGGCCCUGUCCUCCCUCACUGGCUGCUAUGGGUAACACAUACACACACACACACACACCUGAUUGGAGAGGUACUGGUAGUGUGUGGUCUGAUCUCUCCUGUUGUUGCCACAGAGAUCGAGUGGAGGAGGAAGAAGGAGGAAGAGGAAGAGGGGAAGGAUGAGUUUGAAGACCUGACUGAUGACGCCAAGACACUGCAGGAGCAGGAGCUCCAUAAGGUAACUCUUCCCAUUGAUACCGUCUUCGUAAUGUAUUAUGUAAGUGCUUUUAUAACGCCUUUUCAGGUAUGUAUAAUGCAUUAUAAUGCACAACAUAUUAUCAUAGGAAGUGUAACCGUCUUCAAUAAUCAAUAUUUGUUGAUUGAUGGUAUGUAUGUCUGCAUGCAUGUGUUUGCUUGUGUGUGUGUGUGUGUGUGUGGCGUUGGUGUGCCAGAUCAAGUCUAACCUGGGCAGGCUGAUCCUGAAGGAGGAGAAGGAGGAGAAGGAGAAGGCUCUACUUGGCAUUGGACGCAGGAAGACUCAGUCACUGCCAGACAGAACACACAUGCACACCAGUAAGUUACAGUCCAAUGUGAGUGUGAGUAAGAACCUGAUUCUGAUUGGUUGCUGAUUGGUUGCUCUGAUUACUACAGGUUCCUCCUUGAAGUCCUCCUCCCGCUCAGGUCUGACCAGGGUGAGUAUGUGUCUUUGCGUGCGUUGCAGUAGGUCAACGUGUGUGUGUGUUUGUGUGCGUGAUGACUUAUGCGUGUUACCUCUGUGCAGAUGCAGUCAGCAGAGUUCGAGGGAGAUCAGGGCAGAACAGGUAAGCUAGUAGCAUGUGUUACAAAAGCACUUGUUGUAGUGAAGUAGGGCCCACACAAUAAAUUUCGCCAAAAUAUAUAUAUUUAAGUCUAUAUUUAUGGCCUUUUAUAUGUAUGAAUAUAACUAUUUCCCUCUCUCCUUUUUCUUGUCUCUCCCUGUCGUGUUAUGCAGCUGAAGAGGUAAGGGUAGUGUUAGGCCGAGAUUCAUUCCGAUAUGCGCUAGAUCUGCGUUAUAGCAUGCUUGACCUUUUAAAGGCAAUUUCUAAUUGAGCCAACGACUGCAGCGGUUACCUUGAAUGCGAUCUCCAGGAACGCAGGCGGUAACAUUGCUUUUAAAAGCUGCAUUGUUUCCAAGCACGAUCGGAUUGAAUCCCGGACGUAUUUUCAAAGCGACUCUUCCCUCUGCUCAAGUCAUAUCUAUCUACCUACAAUGCAUUUUUGAUUUCACUAACGGUGUGUGUGUCUGUGUGUCUAGAAUGGAGAGGCACCACGGGAAAGGAUGGACAGAGGAAACUCACUGCCAAGUAUGCUGGAACAGAUGGUGAGCACUGGUGAACACGCAUCACGCACGCAUGCAAAGACAAAACCCCACUAAAAUCACAGUGAGAUUUCUUUAAGAUACUAAAUGCUCUAUUGCAUGUUUAAAAAACAAUACCCAGCCAGCACUGUUUUCUCCUCAGAUCUAUCCAUAUGAAAUGCUCAUAGUCACCCAUAGAGGGCGCUGCAAGCUGCCGCCGGGCGUGGACCGUACCAGACUGGAGGUGUGUGUGUGUGUGUAUGUACAUAUGAUGUCAUAUGUGUGUUACUACUGAAAUGUGUGUGUUAGUUUGUGUGUGUGUGAAUAUGUGUUACUAAGUGUUUGUGUGUUCUCUCCUCAGAGACACCUGUCUCCUGAAGACUUUGAGCGUCUGUUCGGAAUGCCCAUCGCCGAGUUCGACCGCCUGUCGCUAUGGAAACGAAAUAAUCUGAAGAAAAACGUUCAACUUUUCUAG